CUAGUUACCCCUAGUCCUCAGAAAUCCACUGAAGUUUGAACACCAACACAAGGAAAGAGGAAGGCAACGGACAUCCGUCCGAAAUGAGAACAUCCGGUGCAAUUUCCACUGUCAACAAAGCAAUCCCGGAAGUGGAACAUGGUGGGCAUGGACUCGGAGCGUCUAGGAUCCUUUUUCUUCAGAGCAUUUGAUUGGCUGAGUGCUGUCUCAUCACCGGCAGGACGCCAGUAUUAUUUUGUGUAUGACCAGAAGAACUUUACUGAAGCCCGACGUUACUGCAGAGAGAAACACACAGACCUGGCAACUAUAGACAACAUGGACAAUGUGAAGACCCUGAACAGCAUGGCAGAUCUAAGCAGAAUGGUCUACUCCUCAUACAGCUAUCGAGCCUGGAUAGGGCUGUACGAUGACAUGGACAGCUGGGAGUGGUCACUGUCAAACGCAAGUUUCUACAAACCCGGGGGGACGACGUUCAGACUGUGGGCGACAGAAGAACCAUGUAAUUAUGUUGGCAACGAACACUGCACAGAGAUGUAUGGUACGGGGCUGUGGAACGACAACAACUGUGAAAUCUUCAAGAGGGCAGUCUGCAUAGACGUCACAGGGCCAAAUGAGACUUUUAUCCUCACUAACAUGUCCAUGAAGUGGACCCAGGCCCAGAGCUACUGCAGAGACCACCACACAGACCUGGUCAGCGUGAGAAACACGACGGAAAACCAGAAGGUACGUGACGUAGCUGCAGGAAACCGCGUCUGGAUCGGCCUGUCCAGAGAGUCCUGGAAGUGGUUGGAUGGAAGCAAGUCCUCAUUCAGGUACUGGAGUGAGAACGGAAAGGAACCCAACAACAGGGAGGGGGGCGAGGCUUGUGUGGUUGCGCACUUCAAUGACUCUGGGAAAUGGGAAGACUGGCGCUGUCACUACAAGAGAGCGUUCAUUUGCUACGGUCCAGCAGUGCCUGUUUCAAGGAAAGUGCUGAAAGUGAAGUUUGAGAACAAGAACAAUCUGAAUCUGAAUAACCCUGCUGUGAUGGAGGCCAUGUUGAAGCAGCUCCAACAGAAGCUCCGGGACCAGGGGCUGGACCAGGACGUCAGACUGAGCUGGAGGAAGCAGGCCGAUGGACAGGUCUUCCACAAGGAAGAGACGGAGGAAAAGAAGAGGAGGAGGAGGAGGAGGAGGAAAGAGGAGCUGUAGCGCUGUGUUGUUGCGUCUGUUUUCAGAGAAAAGUCUCUUCUUUUCCUCAAAGUCCAUAAUAAUUGUCAUUUUUCAAAAUGUUUGGUACUUUUAAAUUUUUUUUGCUUUUUUCAUUGUUUUAGGCAAUUUUCUAAAUGCGUUUGAUGUCUUUUUAUUACUUAUUUCAAAGAUUUUAUGGCUUUUUUACGACAUUUUUAUGACAUGUAACGAACCAGAUCAAUCAGCUGAUUGAUCACAGGCAGAAAUGCUGAAUAUUCAAUUCUUCCAGCUUCUUAAAUAUGAAGAGUUUAUGUUUUACUUUAUCAUAUUUGGUCAUGAAUUUAGAUAUUAACCAGCCAAUGUGCUUCGCUGUGGGAAAAUAGAAAGGACAGGUUUCAAAAACCCCUCUUCAUUUGAGAAAAUUGGAAAACAAUUCUAUGUAACAUUGUUGUGUUACGUGCAAACAUUAAAGGAGACCUGUUAUAAAUGUGUCUCUACUAGAAUUAUUGAAGUACUUUAACCAGAAUAUAAUCAAAAUUUGAAGGUUUAUUUAAAUGUAGUGACUAACAGUGAAAACACACAGAUUAGUACCCGUUCAUACCGGACGUACGUCUCUCUGGGGGUCAUAAAGUGAUCCUUCUCCUCUCUCUGUCUCUUUCUCUCUCUCUCUCUCUCUCUGUGUGUCCCUCGGUCUCUCUGUGUGUGUGUGUCCCUCGGUCUCUCUGUGUGUGUGUGUUUGUGUGUCCCUCGGUCUCUGUGUGUGUGUGUGUGUGUCCCUCGGUCUCUGUGUGUGUGUGUGUCCCUCGGUCUCUCUCUGGCUGUCUAGCCUUAGCCAAGAAGUCAAGGCAGCCAGAAUCCCCAUAAACCUGGGUGUUUUAUUUUGAAAUUAUUUUAGUAACGUGUC